AUGAAAGCAAAAUUGGCAUUUGUGGUGGUUUAUGCAAUUUUAUUGACUUCAGUGAAUUGUAUUAAAGUUGUUGAUAACCCAGAUGAAAAUAAUACAACAACCGUAAUACCUCCAAGUGUAGUGGAGAUUGUAAAUGAAAGUAAUAUCACAGAAAGUGAGAAUUUAGACAAGGAAGUAAGGACAAUUGAGGAUAACAGUAAUGACGAUGAAGUGACUACGCCUAGUGUUGUGCAUAAGAUUCCACCUACACUGCAGAAUGUGAUGAAAGUUGAACCUUUAUUGAAGGAAAAGAAGGCUGAGAAGUCACUUAAGGAUUACUCACAUCCAACACCAGCCCAAAUCGUUAACCAAAAUUCUCUUCGCGACGAAAAAUUGAAACAAGCCAUUAUUCAUAGCAAGCAGCAAUCAUUUAAACAUAUCAUUGAUAAAUCUGUAAAGUUAAAAGAUCAAAUUGCACGACCAGCAGAGGUACAACAAGAUAUUGCAGUUCAGACACCACCCAGAUCGUCAUCAAAAGAAUUCUAUCCAUCGCAGGAAUUAAGUCCUUUAUAUACGCCAGAAAAUAAUAUUCAAAGUCACUUUCAUCCAAUGAAUACAUAUUAUAGACCUCCGACGAAGCAAGACGCUCACUUUCCACAAGACAAUUCAUUUAAUUUUCCACAACAAAUUGAAGCAAAAUGGCUUGGCGGUAAUCGAUCGCCAAAUGAUAAUCUUAAUCCAAAUGAUGCCAAUUCGCAUUUUAUGCAGCAACAUGGGCAAUUUAGAAAUACUCAUGUUGAUUUUCAACAUCAACAUGCUGAUCGACAAGCGCAUUUUCAUAAUGUCCAUAAUCCUCAUGAUUAUCAUCAUCAACAUCAUUUUCAUCAUCAGUUUAAUCAUUUUGAUCACGGAAGUGCCAAUACUGGUGAAAGGAUGGUCUUUCCAAAUGAACAGAAUCCAUUUAGCAACGAUGAAGCAAUAAAGUCAACUCCAAGUAUUCAAGCAUGGCCAACAAAAGUUCCAGACUUUAAUAAACCAGAAUUGAAGCCAAAAGGCUCAUGGAAAUGGAUACCAGAAGAUGAUGGAGGAGAUGAAGUCAACACAUUCCCACCAGACGUUAAGUUUAACACAUUUCCACCAGACACCAAGUUCAAUACAUUUUUGCCAGAUCAAAAAUUCAAUCCAUUCCCACCAGACACAAAAUUCAACACAUUCCAUUCUCCGACUCACUUCUAUGACUCAAACAAUCCACAAACAGUAAGGGAUCGACCAUAUUCAUUCGAAUCAAGUGAGAUAUUUAGUCAUCAUACAACACCACCGACUGGACCAGGAUCCAGUAGUUUUGGAGCUACUGCUGAAGCAUUAACAUCCGAAGAUACAACAACAAAAGAGCAGGAAGGAGAUGAUAAGGAAGCUAAAUUAGACAUAAAGCAUUUGAGACAUCCAUCUCCAUGGAAGCGAUUCCUCCAUAUAAUGACAGCUGCAAUUCCAAUUGGAAUGAUCAUUUCAGCAUUGACACCCCGCAUUGUUUAUAUCCAUCCAAAUGCGACUGCACCAACAUUAGCACCUCCAUUCGCACAGCAACCAUUCCAACCUCCUCCACCGAUUCCACCUUCUUCUCCACAGCAACAGUUAAAUUCACCAUUCCAACAAGGUCCAAAUGCACCAUUUCCACUGCGUCAGCGUGCAGUCAUCGAAAAUCACUUUAUUAGUAAUGGUGUAAAUGAUUCAUUAGCGGAAUUUGUAAAGUUCAUGGAAUCAACGUAUCGAGAGAAGAAUGGAAAAAUUGAUGGCACGUGUGAGGACAGACUUUUCUGUGAAAUGGCAUUGAUUGGAGCUGAUCCAGAUGCUGAACUGACGCACAGAACAUUGUAUAAAGUAGCUAUUGAAACUCCAACAGCACAAGCUGAGAAAAGUGGACUGAAAGAAAUUUUCACUGCAAUAAAGCGACACAAUUGUGGAGUUUUUAAAUGCAAGAGAACUUUAAUAAUAAAAAAAAAAUGUAAUAAAACAUGGAAAAAUGUUAUUUCAUCAAGUCUUUAUAUAGUUAUUCAAUUAUCUCAUUAA